ACUUGUAUUUUGAAUUUGAUUUCGGCGUCACUUCCGGGCGUCAUAGUGAACGCGACAGAAGACCUUGAGCACAUUUGUUGUCACAAUCUGAAUAAUAAAAGCUCAAUAGAACGCAUGUAGCCUCACGGAGAAACUGCAGCCAUGGCGAGACGAUUAAUUUAUCCUCUUUAUCAGUUGGGUAAUCCUCAGCUGAGAAUAUUUCGGCCCACCUUCAGCAUGACACUGGUCAGACCAGGAAAACCUCAACCCCAAGACACUGUGCAGUUUCGUGUGUCCAUGGAAAUGACCAAAUUUGACGUGAAGAACUACCUGGAGAAGAUUUACAAUGUUCCUGUUGCAGCAGUUCGCACAAGGAUUCAGUAUUGUUCAAACAAGAAAAGGAACCACUUAAACCAGCGAGUGAAAAGACCAGAUUACAAAGUGGCAUACGUUCAGCUGAGUCAGCAGCAGACGUUCCAGUUUCCAGACAUCUUCCCUGAGAAGGAAAAACAGCACGAGGAGGGCUCUGUUGAGGCGAUGCAGGAGAAAUUCAUGGAAGAUGAGCGACAGAGGCAGAAACCAGACCCUAGGAGAGGGGGGGUGACCGAAUGGUUUGGCCUCUAAAGGCACAUCACGAAAGGCGUGAGAACUGUUGUGUUAGUUGUUUCUGUUGCAUUGCUUGGUUUAUUUACAGUGAUAUCGCCUGAACUUGACCCUCUGCUUCCUAGGCACAGUACUUUCUGUAGUGUCUCUAGACAUGCCUGAACUCACAAUGCAUCACAAAUGCCUUGUGUAUUAUCAGCCUCAUGUCUGCUCUACUGUUCUUCCCUGUAGAGGUGAAGUUAACAUGAAACAGCACACGUCGCCUUCAUCGGGGGUUUAGGGUCCUUUGAAAGAACGGUCACAAUUCAUGUCUAAUUGAAUUUUUUUUGUUUUUGAGAACAACAAAAAUGAUGGCUUUAUUAUGUUACUGUAUCAAUACUUCCACAAAGUGAAGGUUUGUUAAUGCAAUUUUCAUUAAAGUCCUCUGCAUAUUAA